AUGCAAUCUGCAUCAGUGCCUACAUCCUCUGCUUCGGAUCAAUCCACAGUUCUGAGUGAAAGGAAAAUUGCUGUGCCGCAAUUCUCAAUCUCUGUAGGCGAUAACUUUGUUGAGGAAAUGUCUAACAAAAAGCCUCGGCAACAACCGCAGCAGAAGUCAAUUAGAAAACAUCCGCACAGGUUUUGGAUACGACGCUUCGAAUACGGGGUCUGCAGGCGGCUUGAAUCGAGGCGUAUGAGGCAAUGGGAAGUGGAAAGAACUAAAAACAAGAAAGUGUGUAUUCAAGAUGAAGAUGAAGAAAGCACGAAGGUUCUCACACCCAAAGAACAAGUCGAUGCGGCUUCAAAGAUAGAGCCACUCCGAAGUGAAGUACCGGCUGAGAAAAAAGAGUUUGGCAAAGAGGAAGAGCAGCGAGAAGAAGCGAUUUGCCGGCAGAUGGAGGCGCCAAACGAAGUAGAAGGACAUGAGGAUAAACUGGAAAAGGGAGACAAGGAAGCGUCAGAGAAUAAAGAGGUCGUGUAUGAAGGAAAAAUGAGGACGGCGGAUGGCUCGACCGGCAGACGAUUUGAUGUCAGAUGUAACGAGAAGACUGGCCUUCAAGACGGAGCAGAGAAGACUCGCAUCUCAGGACCUCCACCUUCAACGCUGAGUCUCUGGCAAAGGUCGGCAGGCAGCAUGAAUGAACUGCCGUCGCUAGCAUUUAUUGAUGUCGGUGUGGCUAGACGCCUUAAGAAUAUCAAAUAG